AUUGAUAAAAUCUACUUUAUGCCAAUAUCAAUUCUUGAGCACUAGACCAAGGAAAACCCAACAAGAAUAUAAAUGCGCUACACUCCUUAGUUUUGUUUUCCAUUUAGAACCCGUCGGAGGUGGGUGGAUUUUGUGUUUGAGACUAAGGUACCAGUGCCACUGGAAUGCCAGGAGGUGUCAAUUGCUAAUUUGGUUACGCUAACAUUUGGAAGUGUUUCAGUGAAAAUGUGAGUUCAAGCAGAAAACACUGAGUGCCCGUGGUCUGUUUUCACUUCAAUUUAAUGUGAUUCCCGGAAAAACGAAAGAAACUGUCCAAUCUUAAAGCGCGUGUCAACUGUCCUACAAUUUGGAACGCUGAUCCACUUUCGUUAAUGUCAGGAUGAAAUAUAGACAUAUCAGCAAGCAGAAUCGACCCAUUGUGUUUGUGGCGCAUUGUUAAGUGAACUAGUGACUCUAAGUGAAGUGGCAAAAGGACUUCAUAUCUCUGCCGAAAAGUGGGUAUUAAAAAAUGAAAUUCGCUGAACAUCUCACCGCUCACAUCACGCCAGAAUGGCGGAAGCAAUAUAUCAAUUAUGAGGAAAUGAAAGCAAUGCUCUACCUCGUCGUGGAGGAAGCACCAUCAGCAGACAGUGUUGAAGAGGAAGUGCUCAAACGACAUUUUGCCAAUUUCGAUGAGAAUUUCUUUCAUUAUUGUGAGCAGGAGUUGAAAAAGAUCAACACAUUUUACUCUGAAAAAUUAGCUGAAGCAACCAGGAAAUUCGCUACGCUGAGAACGGAGCUGAAGUCGUCUAUAGAGGACCACGAAAGAUCCAAUAGGAAAAAGUCCAUAAAACAAGCUGGAAUACCUCGUCGAAAAAUACAAGAACUGAAGCUGGCUUUCAGUGAAUUUUACUUAAGCUUGAUUCUACUGCAAAAUUAUCAAAAUCUUAAUUACACAGGUUUCCGGAAAAUAUUGAAAAAGCAUGACAAGCUCCUUCGCGUUGAUUUCGGUGCUAAAUGGCGACAAGAGUAUGUGGAAACUUCUCAUUUCUUUGCGAAUAAAGACAUUGAUAAUUUGAUUAAUGAAACCGAAUCGGUUGUUACUCAGGAGCUGGAACAUGGCGAUAGGCAGCGUGCAAUGAAACGUUUACGUGUUCCACCCUUGGGCGAACAACAGAGUCCGUGGACAACGUUCAAGGUGGGCCUGUUUUCAGGCAGUUUUAUUGUUCUUUUUCUUGUCGUCAUAAUUUCAAUUAUAUACCGUGAUAUAUCUGGUGAAAAUCUUAAAGUUGCAUUCCGUCUCUAUCGAGGACCCCUUUUGAUUGUUGAGUUUAUAUUUUUGAUCGGAAUUAAUAUAUACGGAUGGCGGUCGUCGGGAGUAAACCAUGUACUUAUAUUCGAGCUGGAUCCUCGGAAUCAUCUAUCGGAGCAACAUUUGAUGGAGCUUGCGGCAACGUUCGGUGUUGUCUGGACAUUGAGCCUGUUAAGUUUUGUGUACAGCGUCAGUCUGAGCAUUCCUCCCUAUGCCAAUCCACUGGCGUUGAUGGUGAUAAUGAUAGCGUUUUUGAUAAAUCCCUUGAAAAUGUUCCACCACGAUGCAAGGUUCUGGCUUCUUCGUGUUUGCGGACGAAUUUUCGCUGCUCCGUUCUUCCAUGUCGGGUUCGCUGAUUUCUGGCUGGCUGAUCAGAUGAAUUCUUUAGUGACUGCAUUAUUAGAUUUCCAAUUCCUUACAUGUUUUUAUGUGACGAACGGAAAUUGGUUGGAAGCAAAUGAUUCGUCGCAAUGUAUGGAAAAGGACUUCAUAAUCCGGCCAAUUGUUAACUGUCUUCCUGCAUGGUUCCGCUUUGCACAGUGCCUUAGACGUUAUAGGGAUACAAGAGAAGGAUUCCCGCAUCUUGUUAAUGCUGGGAAAUAUUCUACUACUUUCCUGGUUGUGAUAUUUGCAACGUUGAGAAGCUUUAAUGCAAAAUAUUAUGAUGAUACUUUUGACAACCCCUACACGUGGUUAUGGAUAAUUAGCUCUAUUGUUUCCUCGUCUUAUUCAUACACUUGGGACAUAAAAAUGGAUUGGGGCUUGUUCGAUAAAAAUGCUGGAGAAAACAGAUUCUUGCGAGAAGAAAUUGUGUAUACGUCACCGUUUUAUUACUUCGCAAUCAUUGAGGAUCUGGUUUUGCGAUUCAUUUGGAUGCUGUCAUUCUGCCUAACUGAGAUGAAGUUCAUUAGCGGUGAUAUCAUGACCUCGUUGACGGCACCUUUGGAAGUCUUUAGACGUUUCGUUUGGAACUUCUUCCGACUUGAAAACGAACACUUGAACAAUUGCGGUAAGUUCAGAGCAGUCCGUGAUAUUUUCAUUGCUCCGAUGGACUCUUCGGACCAAACCCUAAUACUACGUAUGAUGGAUGAGGAAGAUGGAGUUACCAAUCGCCAUACUAAAGGAAAUCGCAACCGGCCGAAGAAAGUAAAAGAUUCGGAGAAGAAAAAUCAACAUAAGACCCUUCAGGAGCUGUCAAUCGAUAUGAAUGACACAAAGAAACUGUAA